GUGUCGACUGCCGGCUAGCAACGCGGAACGGGGAAGGUAGCGGGAGGGGGAGCACCUAGAGUCGCGUAGUUUUAAAGUUAAGUUCAAAAUAAAAGUAAUGACGUCUGUGAGACGUAUAGGUCGUCAGUUAAAGGUUAACUGGAAGAGAUCCCUUAAAGGGAUAAGUUCGCCUUUGUACUAAUGAUGAGUGUUUUAUUUCCUGUUUUGUUUUCAUUUCUGUACAAUAGAGUUUUACUACUUACUACUACUAUAGAAUGAAAUGAAAAAUGUAUCAUAAUAAAAUACCACAAUAUUGUCGUUCUUAGUGAUGAUGUUUGGGCCGCUUGAAAAACAGACCAAAUAUGACAAAUGAUUUUUAGGUUUAUGGCGGAGGGAGUAAAGUUUUUAUCUCCCACCAAGCAGAAAGUUUCCGAACUUACAAGAAAACAGGUAGUUAAAAGUGAUCUUUGUCAGAUAACUUAGGGUUUGGGUCAUUAAUUUAGUUAUUCCAGUAAAAAUGAUUACUUACUAACUAGCCCACCUAAUUGGCUACUCGAGUAGAUUUUACUCAUAAGAUCAUAACUCAACAUAAUUAUACAACGUGUUUUUAUCCAUUUGCUUUAACUUUAAGGGUAGAUUGUUUACCUCUUAUUGAGUUAAUUUCUCUAAGAAACUAAGUUCCUAACUCUUACCGUUUUGGAAUUAUUUAAAAUCUAAAUUUAUUCACUAAUCUAAGAUAAACCAGUGUAAAAUCUUCUUAAUUCAUAACACCAUAAUUAUUUUCUUCUCCUUCGUAAGUAAAGAGUUUAGAAUGUUCCUUAUGUACAACAAGAAGGUUUAAAUAAAUGAGUUCGUUUUAAUGCUGCUUUUACUUGGCUCGCGUGUCACGUCAAAUUGACAAUACUAAUUUGUUAUUGUUGUUACUUAUUUUAUUUUCAAAUAAAUAAUUGUGUUCACUUGCGUUGUGAUGCCACGGUUUAAUUAUACGGCCGAAGAAGAGGCCGACAUACACUUUAUUUACGGUUUCUGCAAUGGAAAUGCCGCAGAUGCAGCAAGGGAGUACCGACGUCGAUAUCCCAAUCGACGCACGCCUAGACCUUAUACUUUUAUGAAUGUAAGUAUUUUCUUUAUUUAUUUAUCUUCUUAAGUUAAAUUUUUAUAAAAUGCUUACAUAUUAAAAGAAAAAAACAACAUUUUAUUGUUUUCGUAUUAUUUUUCAUACUUUAGAAGUACUUUUCUCACUAACCUACUUUUAUUACUGUUGCAGAUACAUAGACGGUUCCGUGAGAUGGGUCUUCGUUCGGCUCCGCAUGAACGUGUCAUUGAUUUGACAGUACAGGAUGAAAUCGGUAUAAUGAAUUCAAUUAUUGAAGACCCGACGUUAUCAACAAGACGAGUAGGCCGUAUCUUUAACGUACCACACGCCAAAGUCUGGAGAUUGUGGAAGCGAUACGGUCUGCAUCCUUACCAUUACCGCAAAGUGCAAGGCCUUCUGCCACGGGACAAUUUCUCGCGAAUUGUUUACUGCCAAAGAUUUAAUGAGCUAUUAAUACAAGACCCACAACUUAUUUCCAAAAUCCUGUGGAUGGACGAGGCUCAAUUUACGAGAGCAGGAAUAAUAAAUUCUAAAAAUUAUCACCAUUGGGCUGACGAAAAUCCAAAGCUGGCAAGGGAGUCUUCGUUCCAAUAUGAGUUCUCCGUAAACAUGUGGGCAGGAGUCUUAAACAAUCGCCUCAUUGGUCCAGUGGAGAUUCCAAACAGACUCAAUGGCGAUAAUUAUUUGGAAUUUAUACAGAAUUUGCAUUAUUUGGAUUGUUUCGGAGAUGUUCCCUUAGAAACACUGCGGACGCAUUGGAUCCAACAUGACGGAGCACCCGCACAUUUUGCUCUUCGUGUUCGACAGCAUUUGAAUGAACACUUUCCUGGGCGGUGGAUUGGUCGCGGCAGUCCAACUCUUGCGUGGCCCGCUAGGUCUCCGGACCUAACACCCUUAGACUUUCAUAUCUGGGGUAGGUUAAAAGAAAGAGUUUACGCAAAACCGGUGGCUACAAGAGAACAGUUGUUGCAACGAAUUCGGGAAGAAGCCGACACCAUGCGUCUCACUAAUGUUAACCUAAAUCGCGAGAUACGGGCAAGAUUAAACGUCUGUUUGGAGAAUGAAGGCGGCCACUUUGAAAAUAAGUUGCAAUAGUAAGUUCCUGUUUUGGUUUCAUGUAAAUAUUUAGUGUCGGCUUCUUCCCGAAUACAGGACAUCAUUUUGUUAAUUUAUUUGAUUAAGACUGUAUUGUAUGUAAAUAAAUUUUGUUACACUCAA